GUUUUUUGUAGGGGGCGGGUUGAAGGUUUUCUACGAUGCAAGCUACUUUCUUAGUCCACCUGCAUCCUCUUCUUCUGAUCAGAGUGAAGAGGAGAAUUAAGAGUGAGGCGUUCAGAAACAGACAGGGAGGAGAGAAAAAGAGAGGAAAGAGAUAACUGAGUUCUUCAGAGAAAGAGUCGAGGAGGGAGAGUCAUGGAUGCAGAGACUUUCUUCUCUGAUCCCACCUUCUGUUACCUCCUGGACGGGAUCCUGGUUGUUUACUGCCUCAUCGCCACGGCGUUCUUCUUCAGAGAAAAGUUUUCUUCCCUCCCGUCUGCAGAUGUUGGAGCUCCUGAGGAAAAUGGACUUAUUUACGAGGAGCUCGAUAGAACAAGAGAUGCUGAUCCCUACGAGGUGCUCGACCCCUCGAAGAGAAAGAAAAGAGCGAAGAAGAAGAAACCCAAGCCGACCCAAGAUCAGCAAAGAGAUACAGACCCCGAUGAGUCUCUGGCCACUCAGGACUCAGCUCCACCUCUGCCUCCAUCUCGUUAAUGUCAUUUAACCCGGCUCCAGCUUUUUCAAAUCUAUGUCAAUGGACUAUUUGUCUUAUACGUAAUUAUAGACUCAAUCUGUGUAAACAUUUGUCACUUUUUUUUAAAUAUUAAUAAAAGAAAUGUAGAAAAAAUACAUUAUUUGAUAAAGAUUAGAUAAUUGUUGACGCUUUUCUGUCACAGUCCUGAUUGAAAUUAAACUCUUGAGAUCUGUUUUGCAUUCUUCAUAACUCAGACUUUGUAUUAAAAAAAAAAA